CCGAGCGUACACGGAAGCUCUGUUGACAUCUGCCGGUAUUCCACUUACACGCGUAUAACUUUCCGUUCCUGACGGUGUUGUUAGAAGUCUGUCACAGAAGACUGAAGAACUGUAGAACCAAGAGGAAGGUAGCAGAAAACCAUGUCUCCUCCAAGGCUGACAGGUGCGCUGCGUUCCUUCUCCAAUGUCAGCAAGAAGGAGGACUUUACUGAACAUCUUGAUGAUCUGAAGGCCAAGCGUCGAAAGAGACAUGAGUGGUUUGCCAGAGAUGGCCUGACAUGGCAGAAGAUAGUCCAUUUCUGCACUGAGGAACAGGACAAAGCUAAGCUGCAGGCUGCCAGUCAGGAACUGAAGAGUCUCCUUCUGGCUGCCAAACAGAUUGUGGGUACUGAGCAUGGUCAGGAAGCUAUUGAAAGUGCAGCUGUCUUUCUGUUUGAGACGUUCCACAACAAAGACCAUGUGGGCACAGAGGAGACCAGGGCCAUAAAACAGAUGUUUGGCCCCUUUCCAUCAUCAGCAGCUGAAGCCUCCUGUGCCUGUGUGGCUCGGCUGGUGGCUCCACUCGGUGGUUCCCAAAUUGAAGACUUUAUCCAGACCCAGAGCUCCCGUCACAACCAGCGAGGCUUGGGUUUUGGACGCAACAUUGCCUUUUCAUAUGAUUGCUACACACUGGACCCACUGGAGGACCUGACCUGCUCUAGUAUCUAUGAUGAGAGUGCGAGCCUAGACUUCAUCAAUUUCCUCAACAGCCAACAGAGUGGGAAAAAGGUCACCAGUGAGGAAGAUGUGCCCAGCUCAGGGAGAUCUCUGAGCUCUGGGGAUGGAUCAAUCCUUCAGACAGAAGUGGAGAAGUAUCUGAGCGGAGGGAACAUGAUUUCAUCCAACCCAGAGGAGCUGUGCACCUCCCUGUUUGAGAUGCUGGCCUCACAAAGGUGUGAUGAUGAGCUCCAGAAUGAGCUGUUUGAGCUGCUCGGCCCAGAGGGGCUGGAGAUGAUCUCCACCCUCCUCCAGCGAAGGGCAGCCAUCGUUGACUCCCUCCUCUCCAUCCCACCUGACAGGACUGGCUACCCAUCAGAUGGCAGCCGAAAAAUCAGUGGUGAAGUGACCAAGCCUGCCUAUGGGUGCCAGGUGACCAUCCAGUCAGAGCAGGAGAAACAAAUGAUGAAAAUGUACCGAAGGGAAGAGAAGAAAGAGAGGAAGAGAGCCAAAGGAACCGAUGAUGCCGACUUUUCAGAUGUAGUCAUGACCUUUGACCCAAGAGAGAUGAGAGCCCAGCGAGAGCAGGCCCUCCUGACUGCACGACGUGACCCUGUACUGAGCAGACAAAGAGUGUAUGAACGUAUCCAGUAUCCUAAUGUUUACGACAGCUAUGCAGAAGCCACAAAGACGCCUGCAUUUGUUGGAGGAGCCAGGAUGCUUCUACCAGAGGGAAUCCGAAGAGACAACAGUAAGAUGUAUGAGGAGGUGGAAAUCCCGCCCAAUGAACCAAUGCCCAUUGGCUUUGAAGAGAAGCCUGUCUACAUCUCUGAACUCGAUGAGAUUGGGCAGCUGGUGUUUAAGGGGAUGAAGCGUCUGAACAGGAUCCAGUCCAUGGUGUUUGAGACGGCCUACAACACCAAUGAAAACCUUCUGAUCUGCGCUCCAACCGGUGCUGGCAAGACCAACAUCGCCAUGCUGACUGUCCUUCAUGAGAUACGCCAGCACCUGCAGCCCGGUGGCGUCAUCAAGAAGGAUGAAUUCAAGAUAGUAUAUGUGGCUCCAAUGAAAGCCUUGGCAGCUGAGAUGACUAAUUACUUCAGUAAGCGAUUGGAACCACUGGGCAUCACUGUUAAAGAACUCACUGGAGACAUGCAGCUAACGAAAGGAGAGAUCCUACGAACACAGAUGUUGGUGACAACUCCAGAAAAGUGGGAUGUUGUGACCAGGAAGAGUGUUGGAGAUGUGGCUUUGUCCCAGAUUGUGCGUCUUUUGAUCUUGGAUGAAGUUCACCUUCUACAUGAAGAUCGAGGACCAGUGCUGGAGAGCCUGGUGGCCAGGACCAUCAGACAGGUGGAGUCCACCCAGAGCAUGAUUAGGAUCCUUGGACUGUCAGCCACCCUACCCAACUACCUGGAUGUGGCUACCUUCCUCCAUGUCAACCCCUACAUUGGCCUCUUUUUCUUUGAUAGUCGCUUCAGGCCAGUGCCUCUCGGACAGACGUUUGUUGGCAUCAAAACCACCAACAAGAUUCAGCAGAUUCAUGACACGGAGGAGGUUUGUUACAACAAAGUUCUGGAACAAGUUAAAGCAGGUCAUCAGGUGAUGGUGUUUGUCCAUGCUCGUAAUGCCACAGUGAGGACAGCCAUGGGGCUUAUCGAGAUGGCCAAGAAUCAUGGAGAAACGUGUUUUUUUCAACCGGACCAGGGUCCAGACUAUGGCCAAUGUGAGAAACAGAUCCAACGCUCCAGGAAUAAGCAGAUGAAGGAGAUUUUCCCAGAAGGCUUUGGAAUCCACCAUGCUGGGAUGUUGCGGUCUGACCGUAACCUGAUGGAGAGUAUGUUCUCCAAAGGCCACCUCAAGGUGCUGGUCUGCACUGCUACCCUGGCCUGGGGAGUGAACCUGCCAGCCCAUGCAGUUAUCAUCAAGGGCACUCAAAUUUAUGAUGCCAAGCGCGGUACUCUGGUGGAUCUGGGCAUCCUGGACGUCAUGCAGAUUUUCGGACGUGCAGGUCGUCCACAAUUUGACAAGUAUGGCGAGGGCACCAUCAUCACCACCCAUGACAAACUAAGUCAUUACCUGACACUGCUCACCCAGCAGAAUCCUAUUGAGAGUCAGUUCCUGGACAGCCUGGCUGACAAUCUAAACGCUGAGAUUGCUCUGGGGACAGUCACUAAUGUGGAGGAGGCUGUGAAGUGGCUCAGUUAUACUUACCUCUAUGUCCGCAUGAGGGCCAACCCACUGGCAUAUGGUAUCAACCACAAGGCUUAUCAGAUGGAUCCAGCUUUGGAGCUGUACAGGAAGGAGCUGGUGGUGGAGGCAGGCAGGAAGCUGGACAAGGCCAGGAUGAUCCGCUUCGAGGAGCGCACUGGCUACUUCGCCUCCACUGACCUGGGCAGGACUGCCAGCCACUUCUACAUCAGAUACAACACCAUAGAGACGUUCAACGAGCAUUUCAACUCUCAGCGAACCGAGGCGGACAUCCUCAGUAUUGUGUCCAAGGCCGAAGAGUUUGAACAGCUCAAGGUCCGUGAUGAGGAGAUGGAAGAACUGGAGCAGAUGUUGUGUAACUACUGUGAGCUGCCGGCUGCAGGCGGCGUGGAGAACGGCUACGGCAAAGUCAACAUUUUGCUGCAGACCUACAUCGGCAGAGGAGAGGUGGACAGCUUCUCCCUCAUCUCAGACUUGUCAUAUGUGGCACAGAAUGCUGCUCGGAUUGUGAGGGCUUUGUUUGAGAUUGCUCUGAGAAAGCGGUGGCCAGCCAUGACCCACCGCCUGCUCACUCUCUGCAAAGUGAUUGACAAGCGGCUGUGGGGCUUUGCCCACCCUCUCCGCCAGUUCCCCAACCUGAGCCAUGUUGUACUAAACCGUUUAGAGGAGAAGAAGCUGUCUGUGGACAAACUGAAGGAAAUGAGGAAGGAUGAAAUUGGUCACAUGCUACACCACGUCAACAUCGGGUUAUCGGUCAAACAGUGUGUCCAUCAGAUUCCCUCAAUCACAAUGGAGGCUGGCAUUCAGCCAAUCACACGCACAGUCUUACGUGUUCGGCUAGUUGUCACGCCUGACUUUCGCUGGAAUGACCAGGUGCAUGGGUCAGUGGGUGAGCCUUGGUGGUUGUGGGUAGAAGAUCCCAUCAAUGAUCACAUCUACCACUCCGAGUACUUCCUCCUGCAGAAGAAACAGGUGGUGACAGGAGAACCUCAACACAUUGUAUUCACUAUUCCCAUCUUUGAGCCAUUGCCCUCCCAGUACUACAUCAAGGCAGUGUCUGACCGCUGGCUCGGGGCCGAGGCCGUCUGUAUCAUCAACUUCCAGAACCUCAUCUUACCUGAGAGACAUCCACCACACACUGAGCUACUCGACCUGCAACCAUUGCCGGUGACAGCUCUGGGUAAACAGGAGUACGAGAGCCUGUACAAGUUCACUCACUUUAACCCCAUCCAGACCCAGAUCUUCCACACGCUCUACCACACUGACACCAAUGUCCUGCUGGGGGCACCAACAGGCUCUGGAAAAACUAUUGCAGCAGAAAUGGCCAUGUUCCGGGUCUUCAACGAGUAUCCAUCUUCUAAGGUGGUAUAUAUCGCCCCUUUGAAAGCCCUGGUGAGAGAGAGGAUCGAGGACUGGAAGAUCAGAAUUGAGGAGAAACUAGGAAAGAGAGUCGUAGAGCUGACAGGUGACGUGACUCCAGACAUGAGAGCUAUAGCUCAGGCUGACCUCAUCGUCACCACACCAGAGAAGUGGGAUGGAGUGAGCAGAAGUUGGCAGAACCGAAGCUACGUUCAGAAAGUAGCCAUUCUCAUCAUUGAUGAGAUCCACUUGCUGGGCGAAGACAGAGGUCCAGUGUUAGAGGUCAUUGUGUCCAGGACCAACUUCAUCUCCUCUCACACUUCAAGAAGUGUUCGAGUCGUAGGUCUGUCUACAGCUCUGGCCAACGCUCGAGACCUUGGAGACUGGCUGGGAAUUGGACAGGUGGGGUUGUUUAACUUCCGUCCGUCUGUGCGCCCCGUUCCACUGGAAGUUCACAUUCAUGGUUUCCCAGGACAACACUACUGCCCCCGUAUGGCCAGCAUGAACAAGCCCACCUUCCAAGCGAUACGCAGUCACUCUCCAGCCAAGCCAGUGCUGAUUUUUGUGUCAUCACGAAGACAAACUCGUCUGACCGCCCUGGACCUCAUUGCUUAUCUGGCCACAGAGGACAACCCGAAACAGUGGCUUCACCAGGACGAGAGAGAGAUAGAGGACAUCAUCGCCACAGUGAGGGAUUCCAACCUGAAGUUAACGCUGGCCUUUGGUAUCGGCAUGCAUCAUGCAGGCCUUCAUGAGAGAGACAGGAAGACUGUUGAGGAGCUGUUUGUCAACUGUAAGAUCCAGGUUCUAAUUGCCACUAGUACUCUGGCCUGGGGAGUCAACUUCCCUGCUCAUCUAGUGGUUGUGAAGGGAACUGAGUACUAUGAUGGCAAAUCCAGACGCUAUGUGGACUACCCCAUCACAGAUGUGCUGCAGAUGAUGGGGCGAGCAGGUCGUCCUCAGUUUGAUGACCAGGGAAAAGCAGUUAUUCUCGUCCAUGACAUCAAGAAGGAUUUCUACAAGAAGUUCCUCUACGAGCCGUUCCCAGUUGAGUCCAGUCUUCUCAGUGUGCUGUCAGACCAUCUGAAUGCUGAGAUUGCUGCUGGAACCAUCUCGUCCAAACAGGAUGCCAUGGACUACAUCACCUGGACGUACUUCUUCAGACGGCUGGUGAUGAACCCCAGUUAUUACAGCCUAGAAGACAUCAGCCAUGAGUCCAUUAACAAAUAUCUGUCUAACUUGGUGGAGAGAAGCCUACGAGACCUUGAGUGUUCCUACUGCAUAGAGAUAAAAGAGGAUGAUCGAACGAUUGAGCCGCUGACUUAUGGUCGCAUCGCCUCCUACUACUACCUGAAGCAUCAGACCAUCCGCACAUUCAAAGAGCAACUGAGAGCUGAGCUGUCCGUCCACGAGCUGCUGUCUGUUCUCACGGAUGCGGAGGAGUAUGCUGAGCUGCCUGUCAGACACAAUGAGGACCAGCUGAACAGCCAGCUGGCUCAGCAGCUCCCCCUGCAGGUCAACCCCCACUCCUACGACAGCGCCCACACCAAGACCCACCUGCUGCUGCAGGCCCACUUCUGCCACGCCCAGCUACCGUGCAGCGACUACACCACGGAUACCAAGACCGUUCUGGACAACGCCAUCCGAGUCUGUCAGGCAAUGCUGGAUUUAGCUGCCAAUGAAGGCUGGCUUGUUACGGCCAUCAGUAUCUGCAACCUGGUGCAGAUGAUCGUACAGGGCCGCUGGCUGCACGACUCCUCAUUACUAACACUACCACAUGUAGAACAACAAGACCUCUAUCUGUUCAGGAAAUGGUCCAACAAAAAGGGGAGGAGUGACAUGGGAGGCUUCAACGGGCCGAUCGAAGGGCUUCCUGAACUGAUUGCUGCCUGCAAUGGAAAAGAAAGUGUUUUUGCUGCUAUGGUUGGCCACGAGUUUCAAUCAAAUCAGAUUGCCCAGGCGUGGACCUUCCUGAGUCACCUCCCAGUGCUGCAGGUUGACAUGAGUGUGAAGGGCUGGUGGGAGGAGAGCCAGGAGCAGACGGAGCGUCCCCUCCAAGCAGCUGGACUUAACUUGAGGGAGGAGAGCAGCUGGCUGGAUGUCCACGCUGACCAGGAGUACGUUCUGCAGGUGUCACUGAGACGCAUCAAUCAGGUCCAGCAGAGGAGGAAACAGGACAGCAAGGCCCAGGCUCCCAGGUUCCCCAAGGUGAAGGACGAGGGUUGGUUCCUCAUCCUGGGAGAGGUGGACCGAAGGGAGCUGCUGGCGGUCAAACGAGUGGGAUACGUGCGCAACCACACAGUUGUGUCUGUGGCCUUCUAUACACCAGAAAGGACUGGAAAAUGCAUCUACACGCUGUACCUGAUGAGUGACAGCUACCUGGGCCUGGACCAGCAGUACGACAUCCAUCUAAACGUAACACCUGCCAGCAUUGCUUCCCAGGUCAACACUGAGGUGUCGGACUCAGGGACUAAAAUGUCCCGCCGCUAAGGAACAGUGACUGAGAACCCCACGUCAUCUCAUCAUGUUUGUUGUCACUGAGCUGUGAUGUUUAUGCUGGAAUUUACUAUUUUGUUCUACCAACUUCAUAUCAGCUCGUCAUGUCUACUUGUUCUUCAGUUAUUGCUUUCCUAACUGCGGAAGUGCUUCCACUUCUUGCACAGUUUGUGUCACUUCAUUGCAUUUUGCUCUGCCAUGGCUGCUGUCAAAGAAAGGUACAUUUGUGCCCUAUUUCCUUACAAUUUCUCUGAUUGUUUAAUAUAAGUUGGGAGUCCAGGAUGUCGACAGAUCUGUUGUGAUUCUUUCAAUGUGAAAAAAAUGUUUUAUUUCACUUAUUUUGUGUUUUUAUUGAUUUAUCCGGAUUUAACACUGAAUCACAUCAAGUAACAAGCUGCUGCUGCAUGGCUCUCUAUGACCUAGAACUUGUUUGUUGUACUUCUGGCCACAGCGCAGUCACUGAUGUCACAGUAGAUAUUUAAUUUUUGUUAAGGAAUGCAAAAUUCCUGCUGGAGCAACUGCUGGACAAUAGUUCUUUACCAUUUCAGAUGGUGUAGUCUUCUUCUUCAAGGUUUGUUUUCUGAGAUGAAAUACAAUAUAACAGGGCAACAAGACUAUUCUGUUCCACAUGUUCCAUGAAAUAAAGCUUUCUUUCGCUUGAA